AAUGGCUACACACCGCUUAUACUUGCAGUGCUAGAAAACAAACAGGACAUGGUGCAACUCUUACUGCAGGCUGCAGCCGACAUAAACGCCCUGGAUAACUGCAAGAGGUCCGCCCUUAUACACGCUGUGAGAUCUCAGUCUAAAGACAUGGUCAGUCUUCUUCUCCAGCAAGGCACCAAUGCAUCUUUGGUGGACAUCUAUGGAGCCACUGCACAAAGUUAUGCUGUUUUUGAAACCUUUCAAGUGCUUUCCCAAGGCCCCAGGCCCAGCUGUCCUGAGCUUACAACAAAAGAGGACCUUGAUUCCAAGGAUGGCCACAUACCAUGUUCACACUCCACCAAGGAAGACAACCAAAGGAUGAAGGAAAACAUAGAUGCAGUUGACAAGCUGGAGAGCUUCGCCCACAGACCUAGCUCCGAGCCCGUAGAAGCAGAAGAUGAGCCUACCUUGAGUUCCAAGCCUCCUGUGUCCCAGUCACCCAUGCUCACCGAGUCUAGCCUCUGGGUUGGCUAUCCUGCAGAUUGGCCUGAACCCAUUAAGUUUUCCAGACAACGAGCAGUCUACAACCCAACCGAAUGGAGGGAAGACAUGGAAUCCCGGUCAGUUCCUCUAGAAGAAAGCAAACAGCAGGUGGCAGUCUUGCUGGGAAAAGAGGCAAACAUACAGACACACGAGUUGCAGACCAGGGUUUUCGAGGAGCCUGGUGCCAAUGAUCCCGACCUGCCAGCAAAAGAAAAUGCUAAGGAUGAACUGCUGUCACUUUUAGCCCCUCUGGAGGAAAAUAAACCACAGAUGAAAGACUCUCCAGUAACUGAAGCUGCCAAGUUCCAGACAGAUGUCAAGCUGGAGAGACAAGGUAUUUUAGAAUUUGAAGAAAAGGGACUUGAAAUUUGCCAAGACAGCAAUCUAGAAGCAGCUGAAAGUACUGAGUCCUAUUCAAUACUAAGGUUCUCCACCAACCCUGAUGUUAGUGACCCUGAGCCCACAACAAGAAAGGAUGAACAUAAAUUUGAUACAAAGGACAAGGAUGGAUUAGAAAAACAUCCCCUGGCAUCCAGAGCAUCCCAGCAUCAAGCCAAGCAGAUGAGCCCUCCACUUUCACAACUCCAAGAAAGGUCUCAGGAGCCAGAGAUGGACACGGUUUCUGAUGAGGAAGAUACAUCUGGACUUUCAAACCCUGCUAAGGGGCCAGUAUGUGGAGGAAAGUUGUUGACUGAAGGAAAAAAACCGGAGGGUAAAGAAACUGAGCAACGUGUCAUAAACAAGCCAACCCAGAAGGGUGGUGAGAUCUAUGAAGGUGUCGAAGCUAAUGUUUACCACAAGGAAGAGCGACCACCUGAUGCCUCAGGAAAAGCUCACUUGAGGUCAGCCCCCACUAACAGUAUGCUUGACUGUGGCCACAGAGAUGUGAUUGCAGCGCUGGACUCUGUAGCACUGCGGAUCUUUCCCAGACAGGAGGAAAGUAGCCUUGGAAAUGCCUUUCCAUCUUCCUCAUCCUCUCAGGUCAUGGAAUACAGUGGCCAGUCACUUACUAAGUUUCCCAUAAUGAGAAAUAAAUUAGACUGUGAAAAUAACACUUCUGAAUUGGAAGAAUCUUUUCACAAAAGAAAGGAGAAAUCUUCUAAAAAUAUUGAAAGUAGAAAGGUAAAAGGGAAAUACCCAGAAGUACAUAUGGGUGAAAAGCAAGAAGGCCGUGAGUUCAAGAGCCAAUUGCAAAAAACUAUGAAACCAAAACGCACUGACUGGCAGUUAGAUAUCGGACACAUGCUGAAAUCCAGUGAUGCUAAAAGGCUUUCAAACGUCAAGGAAAGGAGUCAGGUGAGCGAAAUAAUAAGUUGGAGUGAUUCUACCCUUCUUGUAAGCGACAUGUACAGGAAAAGUAAAGGCACACAGGACUUGUCCCUGAAGCCAUUGCCCUUCAAGGGCAAUUGUGAAGCCCCAGUGCGUACUGUGGGAGCCACCAGUGAUGCGCCCCCUGAUGGCCAGACGGCAAGAGCUUUUGAGAAUGAAGAAAUGCAGAACAGGCUGUCUGACAGCGAGUUCCGGAUAUUGGAGGAAGAGAUCCUGGCCUGGGAGAAAGUCCACCUUGAAAAUGAGAGUGUCUCUGAGAAUUUGCUGAACAAGUGUGAGGGGAUUCUGUCUGAUGCCACAGAUCAGCAAGUGCAGUAUCUGGAAACAGAGCAGGCAGCAGAAGUGGACUCUGAGGAGACAUCACAGCUGGAACAAAGGAAUCUCGACAGCAGUGAGAAUACUCAGCUGUCGGAUCCAGCCCUUUUGAAGACAUGCCCCCAAAUGCAGAACACACCUGCAGAUCCAACCUUGCCAAUCUAUCCCCUGUCUGAGAAGGAGAGCAAGCAAAUUCACCCCUCACCUUUGCAUCUGAAAAAAAUGUCUGAAGACCUUGAAAUAAAUAAGAAAUAUGACAAAGAAUGUGCACCUGGACAUCCAGAAGUUCCUUCAAUGAAAGUGCCUGGGAGAGAGUCUCUCACUCGAGACAUGACAGAGAAUAACAGCAAGCCAAACAAAAGCAGCUCAGAGCCGCAGCACUCAGCUGGGGAUGUGUUGGAAACCAUUUGUCCUGUGGAAGAACCACUUCCGGGUAACUGUAGGAGAAGACCUCAGUUCAAGGUUGAAGAAAUCAGCAAGAAGCAGCUGAGUCUGGAAUCAGAAGUCUCAGAGAACUGUCUCAUGCUGUUUCCUGCUGAGAAGAAACAUGAGCUUGCUAGGUGUGUUCCUGACUCGAGUAUAAAGGAAGCGAAGGAGAGUGAGAGGGUAGCAUGGGCCCCUCAGGAGCCUGUGGUCACACCGGUAUUUGAGAAGUCCCCUCCAGAAGCUGUUGAUCCACUACUGAUGAAGGAUGGCCACCUUCUCACCAAUAUGGAUCAGGUUGAAAGAAGGCUGACAAAGAGAGAUGCUAAAGAAAAGCACAAGAUGGAAACCCAAGUAAAUGAAAUGGAAGAAGCUAGCCGUGGAAGCGAGCCUUGUGCGACAGCCGCAGGCCGGGGUUCUAGUAGCCCGUUGAAACCCUGGGAUACGGCUCACUUAGAUGAAAGACUGCUAGAGCUGAAGAAUAGCUGCUGUGAACUCCUUACAAGAAAACCUGGAAACGUGGAAACGAAGGCUAGUGAAGUGCAGAGAGAACAGACAGAAAUUAAAGACGCAAAAUCCUGCUCACAGCAUAAGAAACUGGCAUGGGGCGAGCUCUGCGCUCUGAGGUUCCCCUUAAAGCAAGAUGAGAAGCAAGAAAAUACUGAGUUUAUGUUUCAACAAAAGAAGCCACAGUUCCAAACAGAAAAGGAGCCAUGUGGCGGGAGUGUGGAGUGGACUCAGCACCCUGAAAUCAGCACAGUGAUCACAGAACUGAAGGCCCUAGAAUGGGAUUUGAGACAGUUCCACAAUCUGAAAGAAAGUUGGGAGACUACAUAUUACAAAUAUCUACAAAUGGUUGUAAAACUUCAGUUCAUCCAGCAGGAGCUAAUAGCGAUAAAAACAGAACAGAAGAAGUGUGGACACCUGCUCAAGAACCAGAAGGACUCAGAAAAAGAAGUGCUCCUUUUGAAAAGCUGGAUGCGGGAGAGCGAGACUCAAGCAAGAGAUCAAAACAACAUCGAAAAUUUAAGAGACACCAAUGAUGCAGCAAUGAGAAGCCAAAUGGAUCUCAGAAUUAAAAACAUGGAAUCUCAGCUAGCCACUCGCAACAUCUCCAUGGAGGAGGGAAGCUAAAACACAAGCACCACCAUGCAGAAGAGAGUGGCCUGACCCAGCCGGUGA